AUGACCGACAAUCUGUAAGUCCUUGUUGCAUUCUACUCUUUCAACUUGAGUUUUAACAAGUCUUAGCCGCCAGAGCGCUGGUGACAAGCUUGAGUCCAACAUCAAGCCCGACAGCCAGAAGUCCACGCUCGAGCAGACGCAGGACUCUGUCAAGGGCGCCGCCGACUCCGUUGCUGGCACUGUCCAACCAGGUAAACCUCCUCGACUCGGCAGUCUUGUAAAAGAUUAUCAGCUAACCGGUACGCAGAGGGCGAGAAGUCUGUCACCCAGCAAGCAUCAGACACCGUCUCUGGAUCUGGUGGGGAUGCCAAGAAGGAGGGUGAGAGCACCCUCGAGCAGGCCCAAGACGGCGCCUCGAGCCUCGCCAGCCAAGCCAGCGAAACCGUCUCUUCUGGUGUGGAGCAGGCCAAGGGAGCCCUAGGUCUCGAUGGCCAGAGCGAACGUACGUAGCUAAGGCGAGUGCGUCCUUGUGAAUGGUGAUGCUGACAAUCAUUGCAGAGAAGUAG